UCACCGGGAAGAUGGCGGCGCGUAUAGAAAACUAGAAAGAAAUUCUGCACGAUUUUCAUCCGUUGAAAAUUUCUGAUCGAAAAUCAAACAAAAUUGAGAAAUACAUGCAAAGAAUAACGAAAGGGAGCCUCAAAAGCAUGGACGUAGGAAUAUAUGAACGGAACGCAAGAUGUACUUCUGGGCGAGGGUCCGAGGGGUAUCGAGUUUGGGAUGUGAAGGGAAAUCCUAUGGCGGCCAUCUUAGUUGUUCAAGUUAUAGCAUAUAUAUAAUGUACAUACGAUAUAUAUAGACAGAUCUAUUUUCACGCCGUACGACGUGAUUUUGAAUUGUGUAUUUUGAUGCGUUUUAUAAGAUCGUAAUUUGGAGGUUAUACUCUACCGAUGCCUGAUUGUUAUGCAAACGAUUGCAAAAGUAGGAGAACCGACAAACGAAAAAAUAAGAUGCAAUUGGAAUGGGAACAUUCCCACGACAAAAAAAUUUCAUUUCACAGAAUACCACAAGAGCGUCAAAAGUCGCUUGAUGCAAUGAAAUUAUGUGAUAAUGAUAUACCAAAAAAUGCGUCUUUGUGUUCAUUACAUUUUAAGGAAAGUGAUUUGGAUAGAACAUCGCUCGCUUGUACCAGACUCAGAUUUGGUGCUGUCCCACUUAUAAAUUUAAGUAUGAUAAAUAACGAGUCUCCUACGAAACGUCAAAAAAUGUUAGAUGAAUGCUUAACAGAAGAAGUAGAAAAUCUUGAUUCCAUAAGAACGCCAAACAUACAUGAUGAUGCAGAAAACGAUAUGUGUGAAGCAGUUGCUCAGCUCAGCUCAGCUCAGCUAACAGAUCCUCAGCACAGCAGUUUUAGUACACCACGUAGCUCUAAAGUUAGUCAGAAAGAAAUUACUGUUUCUCCAAGACUAUCGGAAAAUACGCCACGGAAACAAUUCUUGAGGACUGCGCUAAAAAAUACAAGACUACAAUUGGGAAAGAAAAUAAAAGUUCUGCAACAAAAACAACGAAGGACUAUGAAGCGCGUUGCGCGGUUAAAAGAUAUAUUGACAUCAUUAAAGAAUAACAAUCUUCUUCACAGGGAACAGUUAGACAUCUUAAAAUCCUUGGACGUAAGUAUUUCUGUCAUCCAACAACAAAUGAAAAAGUAACGGUGUUUCUGGACCCGUGUCAUUCUCUGAAACUACUACGCAAUUAUCUUGGAGAGCACAAAUCAAUAAUUGAUGAUAACAAUGAUAUCAUCCAAUGGGAAUAUUUCUCACAGCUUCAUGACAUACAAGUUAAGGAAGGUUUGCACUUGGGUAAUAAAUUAAGGCCGGUAUUCAUAGUCGGAUCUUAUAUUUAAGACCGUCUUAAGUUUAUCUGCAGAUGUUGUAUAGAUCAUUUCAUUGGCUACGGAG